AUGGCAAAGGAUGGUUUGGGACUCGAAACUGAGCUACGAUUGGGCCUUCCCGGUGGUGGUGGUGGUGAUGCUAGUGUCUUAUUGGAGAAGAAUGAGAAGAAAAGGACGUUUUCUGAUAUUUCUGACGACCGGAGUAACGAGUCGAAGGCGGUGAACAAGAGUCAAGUUGUGGGGUGGCCGCCGGUUUGUUCUUUCCGGCGGAAGAAUAGUUUUAAGGGGGAUGAGGGAUCAAAAAUGUACGUGAAAGUUAGCAUGGAUGGAGCCCCUUUUCUUAGGAAGAUUGAUUUGGGUACACACAAGAAUUAUUGGGAUCUUGUCUUGGCUCUUGAAAAUCUCUUUGGCUCUUUUGGAAUAGGUGAAGCAUUGAAAGAUGAAGAUAAUUCGGAUUUUGUUCUCAUUUAUGUAGAUAAAGAUGGAGACUGGAUGCUCGCGGGAGAUGUUCCAUGGGAGAUGUUUAGUGAAUCAUGCAAAAGGCUGAGGAUCAAGAAGAGAGCGGAUGCAAAGGGUAUCGGGCUUCAUGCAAAAGAUCUUCUCAAGAGAAUUUCAGAGGGGGAAUGA